GGCGCCGCACCACAGAGCCCGGCCGCUGCUACCGGCUUCCGGCGUGUUGUCAGUGGUAUACAGAGGUGGAAUUACUCUGUCAUCACUGAACAGGCAACACAUGCACUAUCCUCCUCCUUGGAAUUGAGACCACUGACUGCACCAUUUUAGCUCAACAUUUUAACUUGGUGUCCAUCUAGAAAGGAUGAAUCAGGAGAGCAGCCCAAGCGACCACACUGAUGGCCAGGACUCACUCCUAUUGCUGAAAACCCUUCAGUCCCUCUGGACAAAGAAAGAGAUGAACAAGCUCAAGGAAGAAACCAGGCGGGGUUUUGCAGCUCUGGAAGACCCAUUGGCUGGACUCCUGGACAUGCUGGAGAGUAGCAGUGACUGGAAGGGGAAAGGGCACUCCCUGGGGUAUUACAUCACCAAUGAGUUGCAACUUUGGAUAAAGGAACAUCCUGCUGUUCAGGAGUCUGGCUUGAGGCUGAAGAAACUCCAGACCCGAGUGUUCAGAAUACUAGCCCAGAGCCAAGUUAAUCUCCUUGACCCUCUGAUCAGCAUUUUUCAGCUACAUACAGCAGACCAGAACAGUUUGCUUGGACAUGUCAGUCACGUUUACCACAAGGGCAAGUACAAAGAGGCAGCCAUUCUGAGUAUAAAGCUAAAAUUGCAGCUGGAUCUAGAUGUGGAGAAGAUGUGCACUCCAUUGCUACUUCAAGAGAAAACUAACCUAGUAGAGGCUUAUGUGGCAGAAUAUCCUGAUCUCCAGCGCAAACUCUUGCAGACCCUGGAUAUGUGGUGUGAACCUAGUUUUAAUACUACAGACAUCUCAAGGCAGUAUCAAGGUUUACGACCUAACAAACUCAACCAUAAAAUGUUAAGCAAACUGGUCUUCAGGCUCCUAGAACAAUAUAACCUAGAUCCAGCUCUCUGUCCGAAUGUCAUAAAUCAGCGGCACCUAGGAUCUCUGAAAUAUCUCUUCUACAAGAGGUUUGUUGAGAAAACCAUGACUCAGGAGAAUUGGGCCGAUCAUGUUCAGAACACAGUUGGGGAGAAUCGAUGGCUACAAGAGCAGCUGAUCCAACUGCUAGUCAGCUACUGUGAUCUGAACACAGCAGCCAGGUGGGCUCUCCGCUAUAGCUUACCUGAGAAGACCCUGCCUUAUGGAGUGGCCAAUGAACUUCAGAAACUCAAGGCCCAGGAGAGGGUAGAAGAUGCUGAGAGCAGAGUGGAUGACUAUGAAAAGGAUAAGAAGGAGGGUUAUUACCAGCUCCCCAUUCCCAGGGAGAACAUUCACUUUCUGCAGACAUGGGAAGGGAUGCUGAAGUGGAGGGAGAAGGUGCUGCAGCCCGGCCAGGUUGUUGGCAUCGAUAUGGAGUGGAGGCCGUCAUUCGGUGUGGUUGGAAGGCCACGCGUCUCAGUGCUGCAGAUUGCUAUCGAGGAGCAGGUGUUCCUCCUGGAUUUGCUGCAGCUCCUCAAGCCAGAUGAGAUGGAGGAGCUUUCUCACUUUGUCCAGACCCUCUUCUCAGAUCCAGCCAUCAUUAAACUAGGUUAUGGGAUGUCCGGAGACCUGCACAGCCUAGCUGCUACGUGCUCUGCUUUUAAAGAAAUGGAUAAGCACAUGCAAGGCAUAGUGGACCUGCUUGCAGUAGAUAAACAAUUACAGAAAUGCUGGAGGAAGAGCAGACUUCAAGUUGACGUACUGUCACAGGAGAAGAGCUGUGGAGACAGAGGGUUCAGGCAGCCGGAAAGAGGGCUCAGUCUGCUGGUGCAGCAUGUCCUGGGGAAACCUCUUGAUAAAACUGAGCAGCUCUCCAACUGGGAGAAACGGCCGCUGCGGGAGGAACAAAUCCUCUAUGCAGCUUCUGAUGCUUACUGCUUGCUGGAGGUGUAUAAGAAACUGUGUGAGGAUCCAUCAGGCUUUGGCCUGUGUUCAGAUCUCACUGAGAGCCUGGUGGGUAAACCUACCACAAAAUCCAGGGCAAAGAAGCAGCUGAAUCAACAAGAAAUGCCAUCACCUUCCGAGCAGCAAGCCAAAGUGAUAGGCAUGGAGGCCUUGAGCCCCCCUCCUUCCAUCUCCCCGAAGGAGUUCAGCGUGGUCUGUGAUAACAUGCUGCAGGGACUUGGGCGCCACCUUCGCUGCCUCGGAGUGGACGUCCGUAUGCUAGAGAAUGAUGACAACCAUAGAAAAGCUGCUGAGAUUGCCAGGCAGGAAGGAAGGGUCAUUUUAACCUCUGGACUCCCAUAUCAGACAGUCCUGGAGAACUCCCAGGUCGGGUUCCUACAGGAGGAAAGACAAGGACAAGGGGCAUAA